AUGAAGUUCUUCGUCCCUGCCUUCCUUUUCGCUGCUACCGCCAUGGCCCUGCCUGGCUCCGGCCCUGCUGCUGGCGUUACUCCUGAGUCCGAGAACAAGGUCAAGAACGCUGUGAACCAGUGUGGCAAUGGUGCGAAGAUGUCUUGCUGCAACAAGAUCAACCACAACGAGGGUAUCAGCCAGAACAACGUUGGUGUUCUCUCCAACGUUCUCGGUGCCAUCGGCAGCGAGGGUCUCGGCAUUGGUCAGGGCUGCACUCAGAUUGACAUCCCCAUCUCUGUCCUGAGCGCCGUUGGCCUGUCCGACUUCCUCAAGAAGAACUGCCAGCAGAACAUUGCCUGCUGCCAGAACUCCAACUCCCAGGCUACUGGCAACCUCGUCGGUGUCGCCGCCCCCUGUGUCAGCUUCGGCAGCCUUCUGUAA